UAUCUCUAUUAGUUUUUUUUCUCUCUUCCUGUGAGUGUAUUUCUCAGUUCCUUUCUGUCUGUUUUAUCCCAAUUGGAAUAUCUCUGUCUCCCCUCCACCUACCUAUCUGUCAGUCUCUCUCCCAGGGAGUGUAUCUCAGUUAGUUUCUCCCCAACACCCCUGUCCCCGGUGGAGUGUAUCUCAGUCUCAGGGGAGCCCUCUAGCGCCGCGCUGAUCUGAGCGGAUUGCAGUUGGAGCGGGGGCAGCGGGCAGCGAGUUGCCGGAGUUGCAGCUGCUCCCGGAGCUGAGGAGACCUCCCGCGGGCUCGGAGCAGCCGCGGGUCCCCGGAGCCGUGCGAGCAGCGACAUCAUGACAGGAUAAGCUCGUCCUGAUGCCUCGGACCGUGCCAGACACCGCCUGCCUCCUGGAAUGACAGCGUGGGUCAUCCUGCCCGUUAGCCUGUCCGUCUCCACCAUCACAGCUCUCUGGGUCGUGUAUGCGGUGGCAGUACGGAAUCACCAUGUUUGCCCUGUGGAUAACUGGAUUUACAAUGAUUCAUGUGGCUCAGUCUCUGUACAGGGAGGACCCAAACUAUGUUGCACCUUGGAAGAUAUCCCAUUGGUCAGUAAGUGUGGUACCUCCCCUCCCGAGAGCUGCCUCUUCAGCCUGAUCUGUAGUGUUGGGUCCUUCAUGGUGAUGUUGGUGGGUUUGUUACGUUACGCUCAGGUGAUGGAGAGACACCAGAACUCCUUACUGAACACAGCAGCGUUGGUAACUUGCUGGAUCUGUGCUGCAGGCCUCAUCGUCGUGGGAAAUUUCCAGGUUGACAAUGCCAAAGUGCUACACUAUGUUGGUGCUGGAGUGGGGUUCCCCAGCAGUAUGCUGUUCAUCUGUUUCCAAUCGGUGCUCACUUACAGGAUAGCAAAGAACUCCCUGGACUACCAGAUCGGUCACUGCCGUGCAUUCCUCACCAUUGUGGCCUUCAUCAACCUUGUUAUGAGUGGGGUCUUCUUCAUGCAGGAAAGCUCCCAGCUCCAGCAUGCGGCAGCUAUAUGUGAGUGGAUUUUCACCAUCAUCAUCCUCAUUUUCUAUGGGACAUUCGCUGUGGAGUUCGGCUCCAUCACUCAAAACACCUUCCUUGAAAUGCUGGCAAAGAGAGACAAGAAGACAAACUGUAAAGCAGACACCAAUAUGGCUCCCAGCUCAGGCAUCAGCCGCACCCAAGAGGCCAUUGCCAUGAUCUAAGCUUCGAGAUCUCCACAGACAGGUCGAACUAUAACUCUGUUGUGAAUGGGGUGGGGCUGGGGAGGGCUAUCUGUGGAGCAUUACUGCCUGUCGGAAUGGAGGGGGAGAUAAAUCAUUAAAUACCUCAGAUCCUUCAACAAACCAGGGAUACUGUUACACAAAAGCCAUCACAAAAGGACCAAACCUCUCCUUUCUCCAAUGAUAUUUUUGGAACCUUUCUAUGGAAUUUAAAUUUUUUUUAUAAAGUUUGAUUUUUAUAACAGAAAUGAAUUAUAUAUUUUAUGACCGCAAGUAAUUCGACCAUUCAGAGUAUUGUGAAAGACAUUUGAUGUCUUUAAAUUGCUUGUAACACUGAUCCAUGUAAAUGGGACAGGUCAACUUUCAAACUGAAAUGAUAAAGUUCACUUUUUAAAAUGUAA